AUGCGACAACCACACGCUGCCCUGCAGUACUUGCUGACUGCAACGAUCCUCGGCACACUCAACCCGCUACUGCUAGGCCUCGCGCAUGCCUCGACCAGCCAUGCCGCGGACAUCCCACACAGCACGGAGAGCAGUCUGAUCGGCGGGCCGAUCAUCAGCGACGGGGCAGGCUUCCCUAUUGCGCUGGACUCGUUCAAUGGACUCGAACUACGAGAUAAUGUGAUUGGAGAUGGGGAAACUGCCGAGCUGGACCUUGUGCGGAGGGGAUAUCCCAGCGAUGCAAAGUCGCUGGGUAACAACCAGUUCCAGAAUUCGAUGUUGGACAUUGGCGCUAUACAAUGGUUCUUCGUGACCAAGGAGGUGGUGAAUGGUCAGCAGGCGACUACGAUAUCGACGUUACCGGCUAGUCUGGACUCCCGGAGUGUGAAGGGGAAUGACGAUGUCAAGCUUGAGCUGCGGAAACGACAACAAGUUGAGACGUUGACUAAGCGCGACCAAACGACGGUUUAUCUAUCGUUGACGACGUGUCGUACGCCAACGUCGAAUAGUAGUAGCACUGUUCCCGGCUCGUUCCCUCAAUUACAGAUCUACUACUCGACGGAUGAAUCUCUGGAAAAGCCCGGUCCUGGCAAGGAUGAUAGCCGCCAGACCAUGAUUACCGCGGAGGGUGGUUAUGCGAUUGCCAACAUCACGACGGAUAGUGACAUUUUCAUCGGCAUCGUAGCGCCAAACUCGACCACGUUCUCCGGGAACUACGAAUACCAAAUCGCUGCCUCGAUCGAUGCACCCUUUCACAGCGUCCACGAUGACGACUCAUUCCUCUACUUCAUCGACGCCGAUGUCUCAGCCGCCCUGCUUGUGACGAAUAACCUGACUCAAUCCGAGCCGAACUCGACCAAUUACCAAGAAUGGAUGAAGUUGAAUCCACCGUACACCAUGUUCGCGCAUAACAUCAACAAUACGGCGCUGGCAGGACUAGAGCGCUCAUUCUGCGCGCUGGACCGACUUUCGACUCUGGGCCGGAUCAGCAACUCCACUGAAAUGGGUAUGACUUCUCGUGGACUGGGAAAUAAGCCCAAGGAGCAAUUCUAUAUCACGGGGUUGAACCGGAGUUCUACGUACAAUGGCAUCCUCGCUAUGGUGGGCAACUCGACUCAAUCCGGGAAUGGGAUUAUUGGAGGUGGUGGCUCAGUGUGGAAGGCUAUGAAUUUCAGCACGAAAGCAGAUGACAACUGCGCCGUCCUCUUCAACCUAACCUUUUGCUCCGAAGUCGCCUACGCGGUCCCCGCAAACCCCCACCGCAAAAACGUCUCCGAACUCCGCACAAUCUACGAUACCUACGCCUCAACCUACUACGCCAAUUUCAACAACAGCCUCCAACAAGUCCAAUGCACCACCGAACCCGAGUCAAUGUACUCCCUCGCCGUCGACUGCACAGACUGCGCAACAGCCUACAAACAAUGGCUCUGCAGCGUAUCAAUCCCACGCUGCGAAGAUUUCACCUCCAACGCAGCAUACCUGCAAGUCCGCAACGCGGGGCAAAACUUUAUAAACGGGUCUUCGUUACCGGAGGACAGCGUUUACAGGCAAAGCGCCGUGACGAACGCGAGUCGUAAUCCGCUGAUUGAUUCGCAGAUUCAACCGGGGCCGUAUAAGGAGAUUCUGCCUUGUCAGGAUAUUUGUUAUACGCUUGUUAAGUCUUGUCCGUCGACUUUUGGGUUUGGGUGUCCGAAGGGGGAGUGGUUGAAUGCUAGUUAUGGGUAUCGGAAUGGGGAUGGGGAUAUUACUUGUAGUUAUUUGGGGGCGGCUUAUUAUUUGAGUGGUGCUGGGAGGGGGGUGGUGGGGGUUGGUUGGGGGAUUGUGAUUGUGGUUCUUGCAGUGGGAAUGCUUUUGUAG